AUGCAAACCCUUGUGGGAUCAGCAAGAAUCUGGUUUAAUGACUUACCUGCUCGAAGCAUUCGAAACUUCGACGAUCUUAGCAAGGGGUUCCUAGCCAAUUUCUCCCAACAAAUGCGGUAUGUCAAAGAUGCUACAGUGAUCUUCCAGAUCAAGCAAAGAGAUGAUGAAACCCUCCGAGAAUUCAUAGAAAGGUACAAGAUGGAAGGUCUAACCUAUGUGGGAGCAGAUGAGAAAAUGAGGGUGGCCGGUUUUAUGAAUGCCAUCACAUCUAAAUACCUCACAAUGGAUUUUAACAAAUCUCUCCCCAAGACCUUGGAAGAAGCUCUCGAAAGGGCUGAGGCCCACAUUCGAGGGGAAGAGGCAGUAGAUAUCAAAGAACAAAGAAAAAGAGGAAACAGCUGGUGA